UUAGUAAUUUUACCGACCAAUAUCUGACAGAAGUCAGAAGUGAAUUUUGUAAACAUAACCUCAAAUGAGUAAAAGUUUUUACGAUUUAAAAUUGAAAUAAACCUCGAAACAUGAACAAAUUAUCAUCUUUAACAAUAAAACAAAUUCACCAGGCGUAUCGCGAUAAACUAUUAACACCCACUAGCUUCAUAGAUCAGUGUAUAGAGAAAACUAAGCAGACGAAGCAUUUAAACGCUUUUGUGACUGUAACUGAGGAAAUAGCUGAGAACCAUGGCAUGGAGAGCGAAAAGAGACUUUACAAGGACAAGAAAAUGAAGGCUUUGGAUGGCAUCAGCGUGGGCGUGAAGGACAACUUCUGCACCAAAGACGUCCCCACGACCUGCGGGUCCAAUAUGCUGCGCGGCUUCCGGCCCACGUACGACGCCACGGUGGUGGCGCGGCUUCGCGGCGCCGGCGCCUGCCUGCUUGGCAAGUGCAACCUCGACGAGUUUGCCAUGGGCUCCGGCACCGUCGACUCCAUAUUCGGCCCCACUCGGAACCCGUGGGGCUACGACGAGCAGGACUGGAGGAUCACCGGCGGCAGCUCGGGCGGCAGCGCGGCGGCGGUGGCGGCGGGUGCGGUAACCGCGGCGCUGGGCUCGGACACCGGCGGCUCCACACGCAACCCCGCCGCCUACUGCGGGCUCGUCGGCCUCAAGCCCACCUAUGGACUGGUCUCACGAUACGGUCUCAUACCUCUAGUUAACUCUAUGGAUGUCCCAGGCAUCCUCACUAGAACUGUGGAAGAUGCCGCCGUAGUCCUCAACUGUAUCGCUGGGCCUGAUGAUUUGGAUUCAACAACCAUUAAAAAAGAAUUCAAGCCAGUGUCUAUAAAAGAGGACUUUGAUCUGUCUAAUGUAAGAAUAGGAAUACCAAAAGAGUAUUACUGUGAGGGUAUGAGUGAGGAGGUGGUAGACACGUGGAGGAAGGUUGCAGAUUUGCUUGAAAAUGAAAAGGCCCAAGUGAGAUCCGUAUCCAUGCCGCACACGUCCAUAUCUAUCGCAGUGUACUCCAUCCUGAACCAGUGUGAGGUGGCCAGCAACAUGGCACGGUACGACGGGCUCCAGUACGGCCUGCGCACAGACAAAGACUACUCAACAGAGGAACUUUACGCUUCAUCUCGGUCACAAGGCUUCAACAAUGUAGUGCGAUCCAGAAUAUUCACUGGAAACUAUUUCUUACUAGCUCGAAACUAUGAGAAGUACUUCAUGAAGGCAUUAAAACUGCGCAGACUGAUAUCAGAUGACUUCACCAAAGUGUUUGACAUAGACACAGGAGUGGACAUCCUGUUGACGCCGACCACUCUCUCUGAGGCUCCACUGUACUCUGAGUUCUGCUCGCUGCACAACCGCGACCAGUGCGCUCGGCAGGACUACUGCACGCAGGCGGCCAACCUGGCGGGCGCGCCGGCCGUGGCGCUGCCCGCGGCGCUGUCCCGCCGCCGCCUGCCGCUGUCGCUGCAGCUCACCGCGCCGCCGCUGGCCGAGGACCUGCUGCUCAAUGUCGCCAGGAAGAUCGAGCGCCUCGUCAACUUUCCCACUAUAGAUAGUGUCAAUAAUGUGAUUAGCUUGUAGUUUUGUUGAAUAGUUUAUUUAAUUGUUAAUAAAAUAGGAUGUUUGCAUAUUAAUGAAUUUCAUUUCAACAAAUACAUUUCCUG